GCUCAAACAAAAGGUCAUUAUUGUUUCAGUUAUUUUGAAAAGUGGAUUCAUAUACAUCGGAUUCAUCGCAUUCAUCAUCACCGAAUUCUCCCGAAGUUGAAUAUUAGGAAAAAUGGGGGAAUCGGUAAAACUUAUGCUAAUGAUAGCGUUCUCUUUGCAACCCUUGACAUCAACAUUUGACAUUCAAAUUAAAUACGUUCGAACUGAGGAAGAAGCGGGUGGAGACAAGUUUUACGCCCUCGACUUCUUUGGAUUAACUAAGAAGGCGGGGUACGACGCGGAAUGGCACAAUGUUACGACUGAGGACGGAUACAUCCUCUCGAUAUUCCGAAUUCCACCGAAGCUUAAUGACACCCAAAAAGGCCCGUUUUAUCUGCAGGCGACAUUGGGGGGAACUGCGGAUCUCUGGGUUUUGUUUGGACAUGGCAGAAGUCUAGUUUAUUCACUGGCUGACGCCGGAUACGAUGUUUGGAUUGGCAAUCUCCGAGGAACUUACUACAGUCGUGGACACACCAACUUAUCAGCCCACGACGAUAAAAAGUACUGGGACUUCAGUUUGGACGAGUACGCCUUAGAGGACCUCCCCGCAAUGUUCGAUUAUAUUAUUAAGACAACAGGACAACCGCAACUGUCCUACGUCGGCCACUCCCUCGGCUCCACCGUGAUCCUCAUGCUGCUGUCUGAUAAACCAGAGUACAAUGAUAAAUUAUCCGUUGUCAUUCAUUUUGGGGCAAUAUCCUACUGGAAGACCUGGAACUUCGCUAGACUCUACGUGGACCUCCUCGCCGAGUUCUUCCAGAUUAUUGUACCCGGGGGAAUCGUGAAAUAUCCGAUUCAAAAUAAGUUGGUCCCUGCAUUCGAUCAUUAUUUCUGUUUAUUGAACGGGAUAACGAAGAGAUUAUGUGGAUAUCCAUUUGAACUCGCAUUGGGGGAAGAUCGAGAGCAAUUCGAUAUCAGCGAAGAAUUCGUCGAUCUCAUGUGUCAUUACCCAGCGGGGACAUCAUCAAAGGUAUUUCAACAUUAUGGACAACUCAUCCGAUCAGGAAAGUUUCAACACUUCAAAAAUUCGAAGAGAACAACAAAUCGAGAAGUGUAUGGGCAAGACGAAGCUCCGGAGUACAAUGUAACGAAUGUCAGAGCGCCGACGAUAAUUUUCGAAGGCCAGAACGAUCCCCUGGCCACUUCCAAGAACGUCCAAAAUUUGAUAGAUGAGCUUCCUUCCGACAUCGAACUGAAGCAUCAAGUAAUUGAAUACGAGAAAUUUGAUCAUAAGGAUUUUAUAGUUGCGAAGGAUGUUGAAAAGUUUCUUUACAAUCCUCUGAUCAAAAUUCUUGAACAAUUCCCCAAGUCCGCAGGACCAAAUAAUAAUAAUUCUAAUAUAAAUAAUACAAAUAUAAAUAAUUAAUUAGUAAUCGACAUACAUUCCUUCAAAACAAUGUCCUCCACUUCGUUCUUUUAUUUUUCAUUAUUCUUGAUGACAUCUCCCAAUGAAGAAUAAACAAAUAAAUCAAAUAUCCAGAAGAUAAA